AUGAGUCCUCUGUGGAAUGCAGUCGAAGUAGCCUGGCACGCUGACGGCAGCUUGUGGGUAUCAGUGAAUGCUUGGGCUCUGCCAGUGUUGGCGCUGUUCGUUGUGUUGGGAUCACAGCUUCGCGCCACCGAGCUGCUUCGGAAGUGUUUUGGAAGACGCAUGGAAUAUCGAAGACUCGCCUUUAUCGUUGUGAUCAUAGCAUAUGUUGGGCGAGCAGGUCUGGUCUUGCCGGUACCUCAGUUGGGCAAGGCUAUUGAAGGACAGCAUUAUACUAUUCAUGCUUGGCAGUUCGAGGCCGCGAGGGCAUCCUGGUUUGCUGGUGAUGACAAUAAGAGUGUAGAACAUAUACACGUUGCAGCUGAACACUUGGCAUCCACAUUCGUACUGUCCGAGAAGGAUGACGAUACGGAACAGUUCCUGACCAGAUGCGCAGAGGCGGCGCAGAGCUGGGCUGGACGAGUGACGGUGUACGUUAAGCAGAAAAUAUACCAUUCGAAAUCUGGAGAGGUUCUCGGCUGGACAAGGACCGACGCGUCCGCCUUCGUGGACCGCAGCACGAUUCGACGAAGAGAACACGACAUAAACAUAAACUUUUGA